AAUCACCAGAAGAUCAAUGAUGAUUUGACUGUUUUCCUAGACGAGCGUCUCGGUAAAGGUGCAUUUGGAGCAGUCUUCAAAGGCAGCUACAAGGGCGAGAUAUGUGCAGUCAAAGUGCUGCUUCACGAUGCUAUGGAGAUGCAGGCAAGUAUUCCUGUCGGCAAAAACGAAGAAGCUAGCAAUGCAAUUGAUCGUGAGAGUGAUUUUCUCAAGUCGUUCCAGCACCCAAACGUUGUUCAGUUUUUGUCGACUGCCAAGCACCCAAAAUCAGGGAGUACAAUCCUCGUUGUUGAGCUAAUGGAUUACAAUCUGAGAUCCUAUUUCUCUGGCCUUGAUGAAGAGUCCCUCACUAGCGAAUGUGAAAUUAGCCUCAUCAAAGACAUGGCUUGUGGUCUGGCCUACAUUCACAGCAAGCAGAUUAUCCACCGUGACCUCUGUGGCGAUAACGUCUUGCUGAAGCUAACACGAUCAGUGCCUGUUGCAAAGAUUUCUGACUUUGGCAUGUCACGGCUAUAUGAUUCCUCCAAGCUUAGCCACACCCUCACAGCCAUUGGUCACCGUAUGGGGUAUCUACCUCUCGAGGCUAUUCGAUUCGAAGAGGAGAAAUACGAUAGCAGCUUGGAUGUGUUUUCCUAUGGGGCGAUUGUGACGCAGAUUGUUUGCAGGCUGGGGACGAUCAAAUCAGCCAAGGAUCGAUCAUUCCAUGUUGCCCAGAUCCCUCUCACACACAGGUUGAGGAAGCUUAUCGACAAUUGCUUACAAGAAGACAUGAGGAGGAGACCAUCUGCCAGGGACAUCUAUGCUUACCUGACAAGAGGCUCGGACACAGUGGAGGCAACAAAGAGGGAGUCAAAACACACUGGACCAGUCAAGAAGGCACACAGGGAACAAAUCGAGCACAAAGAUGCUGAGCUGGUCAGGAGAGACGCCAUCAUUCUGAAUAACAGCAGAGACAAGUGA